GUGGGAAGGGCGGCCGGUGCUGCCGCGGCUGCCAUCUUUGCAACUCCUGGCGUUGCGGCCUUGUCGUUGGAGGCGGCCUUCGUGGCGGCCGUCGACCUAAGCGAGCGAUAUAAAGUGAGCUGGCUGACAGCUCUCCUUCCCCCGGUCUCGACAGCACGGCCAGCCGGCGUCCGGAGGCGGAAGCGAGGGCGGUGGGACGCGUGCGGGGCCCGAGGCCAGCGGUUAGUCACAGCGUCGCCCGGAAGGAUGGGCCGGUCUCGGAGCCGGAGCUCGUCCCGCUCCAAACACACCAAGAGCAGCAAACACAACAAGAAGCGGAGCCGCUCGCGGUCGCGGUCCCGGGACAAGGAGCGCGUGCGGAAGCGCUCCAAGUCCCGGGAGAGCAAGCGAAACCGGCGGCGGGAGUCGCGGUCCCGCUCGCGCUCCACCAACACGGCCGUGUCCCGGCGCGAGCGGGACCGGGAGCGCGCCUCGUCCCCGCCCGACCGCAUCGACAUCUUCGGGCGCACGGUGAGCAAGCGCAGCAGCCUGGACGAGAAGCAGAAGCGGGAGGAGGAGGAGAAGAAAGCGGAGUUCGAGCGGCAGCGAAAAAUUCGGCAGCAGGAAAUAGAAGAAAAACUCAUCGAGGAAGAAACAGCACGAAGAGUGGAAGAAUUAGUGGCAAAAAGGGUAGAGGAAGAAUUGGAGAAAAGGAAGGAUGAAAUUGAGCGAGAAGUUCUCCGAAGGGUGGAGGAAGCCAAGCGCAUCAUGGAAAAGCAGUUGCUCGAAGAACUCGAGCGACAGAGACAAGCUGAGCUUGCAGCCCAAAAAGCCAGAGAGGAGGAAGAACGUGCAAAACGUGAGGAGCUAGAGCGAAUACUGGAAGAGAAUAAUCGAAAAAUUGCAGAAGCACAAGCCAAACUGGCUGAAGAGCAGUUGAGAAUUGUUGAAGAACAAAGAAAGAUUCAUGAGGAAAGGAUGAAACUAGAACAAGAACGACAACGUCAACAAAAAGAAGAACAAAAAAUUAUCCUGGGCAAGGGGAAGUCCAGGCCCAAACUGUCCUUCUCACUAAAAACCCAGGAUUAAAUCGCAAACUGAACUUUUUACAAAGAAAAAUGGAAAAACUUUGUAUGGUAGCUUCAUGUUGAAGUGGUUUUUUUGUUUUGUUUUUGUUUUUUUUGUUUUUUGUUUUGUUUUUUUUUUGUUUGUUUUUUUUUUUUUAAUUCGGAAAAUCUGGAAAAGUUAGCUUGUUCUAAUAGGGGCUAUGCUCUGCAUUCCUUUUUAUCCCCCCCCCUUAAACUUCCAUUAAGUCAGAUCCUUAUCAGAUCAUUGUUGUCUUCUAGAAAGUGAUCUAUUUUUCAUCUGUUUGGAUUCUGUAUUAGUGGUCUGAAGAAGAGCAGAUCACUUUGUAAACUGGAUGGUCUGAUAAGGUUUUUACUGACCCAUUGACUUCAGAGUUAUACUCUGUCUAUUACAUCAUAAUGCUGGUUUUGCUGACUUUUUGUUUUUUUAUAUAUUUAUAAAAAAAGAAAAAGUUGGAAAUUGCAUUGGACGCUUCCAGGGUGUUACUGGACCUGUGUGGUGUAUUGUUAAACCAGUGUCCUUGUGAUACUGUUGCUCUUGAUGUUCCUGAUACAGGUAAGGAAACAGUUGGUCAGCUCUGGGACAAAAUAUAUAUACAGUUCAGUGUGGUCUCUGUUCAGUUUGUUUUUAUUUCAUUGACAAAAUCAAACCAGCAUUCCCCAUUGUGUAAAUAAAUGAUUUUGCUGAAUAAAGUAAAGUCUUAAAUUCA